UUUGGCGCCAGCUUCGGAGCGGGGCGACGGGUAGCGGCCGGGGUCAGAACGGUGCGGGCGGCGCUGACAGGAGGACGGCGGGCGGGCUCGGCUCCAUGGAUUCUACACCGUGCGGUUCUUACCGGCGCCGUCGCCUCCUCCUUUUCUCCCCGCCUUCUCCCGCUUCACCCGCCGUCGUCAAGUCUCUUUUUCCCGACGACCUCUCGCCGGUUUCCGACCUCCGCCUCACCAUGGAGCAGCUGGGACGAGGUCAGCACGAAAACACGGAUCAAGACCUGGAAAACAAGAACUCUAAUAGUUUACAAAGAACGGUGUCAUCGGAAUCAACAGACUCAGGUUGUGCCUUGGAUUCGCCCGGUCCCACAGCCUCAAAUGAUAUCGUGGAGGAAAGGUUUGAGAAAGCGAUUCUCGAAUCCAGCAGACUGAACUUUCGGGUGCCUUUCAGAAGAAUCCAUUCGCUGCCGCAAAGCCUCCUGGGGUGCAGCCCUGCUCUGAAGAGAAGCCAUGCCGAUUCUCUGGACGGCAACUCCUUUCAGCCAUUGGAACAAGAUGAAAAUAAGGAGAAUGAAUCAUUUGAGUUUAAGAAGCCAACCAAACCAGCCUCUCGUUCUGUGCACGCCCAGUCCCGGGAUGGAAAAGGUGUUCCUGGACCAAGGCAGAAUUUAUCUCCAGCUCAGCCAUUACCCACGGGCGAACAGGAAAACCAGAGGCCAGCUUUCCCACAGCACUCUGCUCUGGCUUCCUCUGAAAGUGAGGAUGAUGAUGGAUUCCUAGAGCUGUUGGACGAGCAAGAUUUGAAGAACGAUGAGGAGAUGCCAUCUGACGUGGCCAGCCUCUGGACUGCGCCGCUGGUCAUGAGGAGGACGGACAAUCGGGCCAAACGCUGCCGGUUGUUUGACUCUUCAUCUCUGCCCAGGGGUGUAGGAAGAACCCCUCAGAAAAGGAUGGAGAGAUCCCAGGAAGAGAAUUCUCCGGGGAAAAGCAAGAAGAGGAAAAGCCUGCCUGGGACACCCACUGAGGACUCAACGAGCCUGAAAAUGGUAAAGACACAAUCCUCCACCGCGGAGAUUGAGAGCAUUUUGGACAGUGACCAGAGAGACCUCAUUGGUGACUUCUCAAAGGGUUAUUUAUUCCACACCGUCGAUGGGAAACAUCAAGAUUUAAAAUACAUCGACUCCGAGAUGAUUGUGUCUGUGCUGACCGGGAAGUUUGCGAGCUUCAUCAAGGAAUGUGUGAUAAUUGAUUGCAGAUACCCAUACGAGUACGAAGGGGGACACAUCAAGGGUGCAGUGAACCUGCACAUGGAAGAGGACGUGGAGGACUAUUUGCUGAAGAAGCCAAUCAAGCCAUCAGAGAACAAACGUGUGAUAAUUGUCUUCCACUGCGAGUUUUCUUCGGAGCGGGGGCCUCGAAUGUGCCGGUUCGUGAGGGAGCGGGACAGGCUGGGGAACGAGUACCCCAACCUCCACUACCCAGAGCUCUACGUCCUGAAGGGGGGUUACAGGGACUUCUUCUUGAGAUGCCGUAGCUUCUGUGAGCCCCAGAGCUAUCGCCCCAUGCACCACGAGGACUUUAAAGAAGACUUGAAAAGGUUCCGCACCAAGAGCCGGACCUGGGCUGGUGAGAAGAGCAAAAGGGAGCUCUACAGUCGCCUGAAGAAGCUCUGAGGCCUGAAGGGAACACACAGAAACCACCCGUGGUGGGGGGGAGGCUGCAGCUGGGAGGAAGGCCGUGCCUCUUCCUCACUUGUGGUUAUCGGGUACCGGUUCUCCCCGCCUGUUGUUUUUUUUACUGGGAACAGCGUGGAACUGGAACCGAGCAACCUGGGAGCUGCCUCUUCUCCAUCCUCUCCUUCCACUGCUGCGGGGGGAAGCUCCUUCUCCUCUUUGACACCCACAAACUGCCCGGGGAGGGUGGGGAGAGGCUGCUGCUUCCAUGGGGCUUGGCUGGUACGUGGUGUAAGCAGUGCGAGGGUAUUUUAC